AUGAGCUGGUCCGGACAAUAUUGGCAAACGGCAGGGCCAGCUUAUCCCCCUCCAUACUACCCGUAUCAUCACGGACCUCCAGGGCCCGCUCCUUCCAAUUUCCACCAGCAGUGGCAAUGGUACAGCAAUUAUCCGUUCCCGAAUCCUUAUCAACACAGCAGCUCAUACCAUCAUCCUUCAUCUCAACCUGCCUCGAGACACGACAGCGGAAAUUCGCAGUAUAACGCCGCAGUGCUGCCUCCUGUAAUUCCGGAUCCACGGUUUACAGCUCAGUCUCAGACGCAGGCGGCAUACCUCCCACACGUAUCGUAUACUCCAGUGGCACCGGCGCCUCACCUCACCCCCAAUUCCAAUAGUCACCCAACCACACCGGCGACUCCGUAUGGAUUUCACUUUCAUGAUCCCGCCUUCUACACCCCGCAUACGCAACCACAGCUCUUAUGUCCGAACCCUUUCUUCAAUCCCCAAGGAGUAGGUACUUCUCAUGGGAAUACGUGGUUACCGAGCCUUGGGUCUCAUGGAACGCCGAACGGUUACCUUCAUCGACGGCCUUCAGCCGGCAGCCUUCCGCGUACCCCUCAUCACAAUAAUGUUCCGUUUCCUGACGCCCGUAACCAGAAUUUCCCUGCCUUCCCCGCUCCUCAGAUUCACCGUCAACCCUCUAGUCACCCCCAUACGCCUGCAUCAUCUCGCCCUCCAUCAACCGAUUUUCGUCGAGGUUCCUCGCAAACCUUUUAUUACCAACUCUCUCCAGAUCUCGCAAACGACCUCUCGAAAUUUCCAUUCCUGGAUUGGAUAGUGUGGCGAGCGCCUGCUCACGCACGAAAAUGGGUAGGCCAGACCGCGCAGGGGCAUAUAGCGCUUAAUGAUCCUGCGGUGUAUCCAACAGUAAGGGAGCUUCGAAUCAAUUCGACGAGGGCCGAUGACCCUCUCAAACACGCGAUCCGCCGCUGGGGUUACAUUACCGUCGCUGCCGCGAGGAAUCAGCCCUACGUCACUGUAGGCGAUGUCCUUAAUGAAAUAUACAGCUUCUUCCGCACGCCAUUAACGCAAAGGGAGGCUUCCACUAUGACGCCUGAGUGGCACGAUUUGGUCAACGAAUCCUGCGCUCAGCGCACGGCUUCACAGUCGGCGGACGACGUCUUCCCGCUCCAUGACCCGUUUGAACCUUCGCUUCCCAUUACUCCUCCCCAACCUGCGCAGAUGCAAGAAGUGUCUCUGGUUCUCAGUCGGGCUGCGCUUGACAAACGCCAUUACUCGUCUCUGGCCGCACUCGUCCUUCUCGUCCUGGAGUAUGCGAGCAUGUUUAAGUAUGAGUACGCGUUGAUUUGGAAGUCUCCUCACAGCUUUGUGAAGAGUCUCUACUUGGGAUCUCGGUAUUUGGCGUUGGCAGCAGAGAUAGCGCAUUAUUCCCUGAUCCACGCGUUUCUUCUCCACGCUCCUGUGAACCUUGAAACUUGUCGCGCAUGGUUCCUAUUCCUUAUUGCUAGCUGCACGGUCUUGAUGGCCAUUCUGGACUCUGUACUAUUUCUCCGAGUGUACGCCCUCUAUGAGCAAGACCGAAGAGCCUAUGCUCUGGCUCUGCUACUCUUUCUCCCAUACGUCCCCACCGCUGUCCUCAUCUGGCGAAACGCUUUCCUUCCCCAUUCCUUUAGCAACACGUGCGAUUUGACCAUGGCACCCCUUGAGACGAUAGUUAUUGGCUCCACCUUUGUCAUCGGCCAUCUAGCCCUCUGGAUCGCCUCGUACUCAAAACGUAACAUCGCACAAGGACAAUCUGUCGUCGUCAAGCUGGUCGUCUACGAAGGGGCAUGCGUGUUCGUUCUUCUAUCCGCUAUUGUCGCCGGCAUGGUCCCAUACUCUUUCAUCUCUCAGACUGGAAACCCCUUCGUUCUCUUCGUUUGGCCAAUAGCCGGGAUUUCAACAAUGGUUAAUUCUCAACAUGCGGAAGUUGAAGCCGCCUACUGA